UAAGUCCCUGACUUUCGAAAUAUUUUAAGGCUGGAGGAAAAGGAAGGAGACACUCAACCGCACCCAGGGCCCGCCGAGUAGCAGAGUAAUUCGGGGUGGGGCCCCAGGCAGGAAGACCAGGAUCGAGUCUAACGGAGAACCGCGGGGGAAUCUGAGCGCUGGGUGUGGCAGGCCGCGAGAGCGACGCGCACUUUCUCUGGCUCUGUCCAUUUCCCUUGCUUCCCUAAAGGCCAUCGCAUCUCGCAGCUUCGCCCCCUCAUUUUAAAGGCUACGCUUUUGCUCUUCACCUAAACGAUCCCCGAAGCCAUGGCAAAGUAUACAAGAGGUACUGUAAAAGACUUCCCUGGAUUUGAUGCCAGAGGUGAUGCUGAAGCUCUUCGCAAGGCAAUGAAAGGAUUGGGAACUGAUGAAGACCCAAUCUUGAAGAUUAUAACAGGCAGAAGCAAUGCUCAACGCCAGGAAAUGGCGGUACAAUUUAAAACUUCUUUGGCCGGGAUUUGGCUCGAGACCUUAAAUCGGAACCGUACAGGCAAACUGGAAACGCUCAUAGUUUCCCUGAUGAGACCUGAACAGAUUUAUGAUGCACAUUCACUAAAACAUGCCAUUAAGGGGGCAGGAACUGAUGAACAAGUCUUGACUGAAAUUCUUGCAUCUCGGACACCUGCUGUCCGAAAUAUAAAGCAAGUUUAUCAGGAAGAAUAUGGAGCCGAUUUAGAAGAUCAUAUCACAUCAGAUACCUCUGGCUACUAUCAGCGAAUGUUGGUAGUCUUGUACAAUCUUGAGUUGACUUCCAUCUUUCCUUAUGGAUACACAUCUUGUAGUUUGUGCUGCAUUUUAAUAGCCAACAGAGACCCUGAUGGCCAGAUUAAAGAAAGCCUAAUUGAGCAAGAUGCUCAGGAGCUGUUUAGAGCUGGGGAACUGAAAUGGGGAACAGAUGAAGAAAAAUUUAUCACCAUUCUGGGAACUCGAAGUAUAUCUCACUUAAGGAAGGUUUUUGACAAAUACAUGACAAUUUCCGGUUUUCAAAUUGAAGAAACAAUUGAUCGUGAAACAUCUGGUGCACUUGAAAAGCUGCUUCUGGCAAUUGUGAAGUGUGUCCGAAGUGUUCCUGCCUAUUUUGCUGAAUGUCUCUUUUAUGCAAUGAAAGGAGCAGGCACCGAUGAUGAUACAUUGAUCAGAAUUAUGGUUUCAAGGAGUGAAAAAGAUCUACUUGAUAUCAGACAGGCAUUCAGAAGGGAUUUUGCAAAAAGUUUGCACCAUGUAAUUCAGAAAGAUACAUCUGGUGACUACCGGAAUGGGCUUCUGCUGCUGUGUGGAGGAGAAGACUAGUGAAGUCUACAAUAACACAGAGGACAGAAUCUCAAAUCAUGCCUUGUGCCUUUUCCCAGUUGUAUGGCAUUUAGAUGGCAAAAGCAAUGUACUGUUGUUAGUCACAUAUUAUGAUGCUUCUUCUUGCACUGGCUUGCUUACGUAGGAUUAUUUUCCUUACCAGGAAGUUAUAUUGUUUCAUCCAUUUAUUUUACAUAAUUGAAAUUUAAAAUCAAUGGAACAAAUUUGGAUCCAAUCUUUCAUGUGUACAUUCCUUAUUGAAAAAAAAAUUGACAAAAGUGCCUUUAAAUAAAUGUGGUUUUAUUUUUAAAAUCAAAAGUCCAAAUCUGAGGUGCUUCUAGGCAAAGCUUUAUUAUGCAAUUAGCACUUACUAAAGUUUCACAGGGGGUCCAGAUGACACUAUUUUCCUGGAGGAACUUACUCAGAAUUUUCCACUGCUGUUUCUGACUAUUUUGCUCACAGAAGAUGAAAAACUAUAACAAUUGCACAAUGUCUUUGAGAGGAUAGUGUUGAUAGUUGGCUAUCUAGGAGCAUUCCUCCAUUUCAGCAAAAGUGGAAGUAAAAUACAUUCCAAGAAACAAAACCCAAUUUCCUCUUAGCUAAACUUGCACUAUAUAUCUUGCACUUUUUACUCAUAUUAAAGAACAUUUCUGCUAAUAGAUUUAAAAUUGUGAGCUAUGCAUUAACUGUCCUCAAUGUGAUUUUGGUACAAUUAAAAUGUUUAUAAACAAC